AUUUGGUUUUGUGAGUGAAAAAGCAACUUCCCUUUCCUCAUCCCUUAAAAACCAAAAAAUUCUCUCUACCUCCCCCACCAAUGGAGUCCCUCACUCUUUCUACUUGUCUAUCUCCUCACCAUUCUUCUUUCAAUCUCCACCAUACCACCUCUCUUCCCAAACUUUCACCUGCUUUCUCCCCAUACCCAUCUCGGAAAACCUCUUUAUCACUCAAAUCUUCACUCACUUCCCACCAACCCACUUCAAAAACACUUUCUGAUGACAAGUUGUCAUUGCUACUUGCAUCGGCUCCUCAGACACCCGGGACGGCUAUGGCUGGUGCGGGAGCUGACGCAAUGGGGCUGUUGUUUAGGGAGAGGAUUGUUUUCUUGGGUAAUAAUAUUGAUGACUUCUUUGCUGAUGCUAUUAUUAGUCAGUUGUUGUUGCUCGAUGCUAUCGAUUCCACUAAAGAUAUUAGGCUCUUUAUUAAUUGCCCCGGUGGCUCCCUCAGCGCAACGAUGGCUAUCUUUGACGUUGUGCAGUUGGUGAGGGCCGACGUAUCCACAGUUGCACUUGGCAUUUCAGCUUCCACAGCUUCGAUAGUCCUUGCUGGUGGUACCAAAGGAAAGCGCUAUGCGAUGCCUAAUACUCGAAUUAUGAUACAUCAACCACUUGGAGGUGCAAGCGGUCAAGCAAUAGAUGUGGAAAUUCAAGCCCGAGAAAUAAUGCAUAACAAGGACAAUGUAACCAAAAUUUUUUCGAAUUGCACUGGACGAUCAUAUGAACAAGUUCAGAAAGAUAUUGAUAGAGAUCGUUACAUGUCCCCUAUUGAAGCUGUUGAAUAUGGGCUAAUUGAUGGGGUGAUUGAUAGAGAUAGCAUCAUUCCACUUAUGCCUGUACCUGAAAGGGUUAAAUCAACAUUGAAUUAUCAAGAAAUCAUGGCAGAUCCUAAGAAAUUUUUGAACCCAGAUAUCCCUGAUGAUGAAAUAUAUUAGCUGGUGCAACAGCUGAUGCCUGUCUUUUUAUCAGGUAAGGUGGCUCUUGGCUCAGAAAUAGUGGAUACCUGAACGUGCAACCUUAUCCUCAGAAGUUGGCGUUGUUUGUCGUAGAAUUUUCUAGGAGUUGCAGCGCAUACCAUUCAUUCGGGGAACUUUGGAUUUGCAGCUAUAACUGGAAUGAGUUGCACUGAAUUUGAUAUUAAAGCCAUGGUUGGCAUUUGUAUACCCACUAGUUUGUUUUAUAUAGGUCUCCAUGUUUCCUUUCAACCUUUUCUGUUAUUUUUAUUGAGAGUGGAUGGUGGUGGGGUGGUGGUGAAGGUUGAUGGUUUUACACUAUUAUAACAAAAACAUUUAAUGUAUCAUCGUUUUCUCA